UUUUGUACUCCUAAUUGAGUAAAAAGAUAGGAUGAGAAUUGAGACUUGCUAUUUCUGCUCGGGACCUAUUUAUCCUGGACAUGGUAUCACGUUUGUUCGAAACGACAGUAAAGUUUUCCACUUCUGCCGAUCGAAGUGCAAGAACAAUUUCAAUCUGAAGCGCAAUCCUCGUAAGGUGCGCUGGACAAAGGCGUUCAGAAGGGCCAAUGGAAAGGAUAUUCGCGUGGACUCGACUUUCGAGUUUGAGAAGACUCGUAACCGUCCUGUGAAGUACAACCGCGAUUUGAUGGCUGCUACGCUGAAGGCGAUGAAACGUGUGUCUGAGAUUCAGACUAUUCGCGAGAAGCGUUUCUAUCAGAAGAGAAUGGCGCUGGCGAAGGAGCAGCAGAGAAUCCAUCAGAAGACGAUCAUUGCCAGAAACGUGGAGUUGCUGGCUCCUGCCGCUGCCAAGAGAACGGAGGAUGUCAUCCGAGCGGAGCAGGUGAGAGAGGAAAUGAAGGCUCGCAAGGCGGACAUUCAGCGACAGAAGCAAAACAAGCAGCAGAAUCAGAAUCAGAACCAGAACCAGAACCAGAAUUAGAAUUAGGGUUCUCACGGAUAGUCCUGACUUUUUAUGAAAACCAUCCAACACCCAAGCAAGUUGUCAAACCUGUAAUCUCCAA